AUGCAACUCUGUCUGCCUCCUGGACCAAGCUUGGAAUCGGCCAGUGAGAUUGAGAACAAGAUCCUCGAUUUUGGAUACAGCAACCAAUCCAACUACAAUUCAAUGAAUCUUUUACGUACAACAAACUUCUAUGGCGGCCUGAUUACCACUAUGCGUGACGUCUCCCACACAGAACAGACCAUUCGAAGUGAUACGUAUUCUUCGUACUGCAAACUAGCCCUCCAUCUGCCUUCACAAUCCUGCGUCGAUGCUCUGGUUCAGACUUUUUUCGCCAAGGUCAACUGGCAGUAUGUUAUGCUGGAUGAGACACCGUUUCGAGAACAGUUAAAGGAAUGGAGGACAGUGUCGUAUUCUGACUUCCAGGCGGGCAUCGAAAGAUUAGCGCCAACAACACUUGUAUUUCCGGCUUUACUUUUUCAAGUCCUUGGACACGCGCUUCUUUUUCAGUCCCCUGACGAUAAACUGAUUGAUUCCCUUAUGACUAUGGCUGAUAUGACCUUCCAUGACCUUGCGGCCGAGUAUAGUGCUACAGGUGCCGACAUACUUCAACUUCUAGGGAAAGAGCACAUUACAAUAGGCACCGUGCAGGCAGGGUUGUUACGAGCGUCUUUUUUGAAAAGCAAUGGUAAAGUUGUUGAAGCCUGGCAUACGCUCGGAGCCACAAUCCGCGAUGCUCAAGAGAUUGGUCUGCACACUGGACGAGUCUCAUACGAGCGAUUUCCGACUGAGUCCGAACUGGACAGGCAAACAAACAGUACGGUCUGCCACAGAAUUUGGAUAGUCUUACAUAUCUGGGAUGUCCACAUGGCUGUUGUCCUCGGUCGGCCGAUUGCCACCAGUCUCCAAAUAGAUAGCCUCGCUCGCAGCAUAGAGGAAGAGGACAGGCGAGCGGAUUUGUUCUUGCAUUGGAAGACCGAGACUAGUCCUCCUCGACCGUUCGAUGUUAUUCUGGCGGGUUAUAAUGUGGCUUACCGAUAUUUCCAGGAUAUAUACCAGCUGGAGCUCAAUGGUGCCAAAAUCGAAGAUUAUCCUGUGGUUGAACGCAUACAUGAUGCGAUCAAGAAAAACUUGGGCCUCCUGCCUUCUUGGUGCUUUGUGGAAAAUCCAAAUCCGAAGUUUGAUCAAAUGCCUGAAUGUCAAUGGCUGCCUGCUGCCCGAGAAGGACUCACCUCCCUUAUAUACCUCGUUCUUCUCACCCUUCAUCGACCUUACAUCUUCUCCAUGGCCAAAAGUCGCACAGAAGCACUAAAAGCUGGAAUCGCCAUACUUUAUGCACAGGAACGACUGUUCCUGUUGGCGGAGUCGCAUCAGUGCAAGGUGUUUAACCCAGUCUAUGCUUCGUUCGAUGCGAUUGUUCUUAUUGCGGCGAUAUGUCUUGUCUUUCCAAACGAACAUUGCGAGUUACAAAGAGAGUGCUUCAAAGUUGUUGAAAAUGGGAUGCAAAUACUUCAUGCCAUUGGCCAAUUCAACCCCAUGGCUAAAUCAGCACACGAUGUUGUCCAGAGCUUGUAUCACCGUUUAAGCCAUCAGGUCAACAUCUCAGGAACCGUGGAGGGUACCAGUACAGGUUCUAGCAACAGCCACCGUACAUCUGCUACCUCUAUCGGACCUCCAUUAGAACUUUCACUUGAUGAUGUUCUACCUCCUCGGCCCACGUAUGACCUGUUCUAUGGCAAUCUCUACAGCACAUCAAUUCCGAUGAUGAAUACUUUACAUGAAGUGUCACUAGAUUCACCUACGAACAUUGGAAGUGGUUGGAACUUUGAAGGGAACUUCUCCGACGCCAGUUUUUGGAGUUUGAUGAACGAGCCGGAGUACACACACAUAAUAUAUUAA